CCGGCCGCGUUGAUCAUCCAUGGCUCGACCUCGACGGGUGCCCGGCUCUGGGAUUAUCCUGUUGUUUACCCUAUGCGGCCUGCAUAGCCCGCCUGUCAUUGGCCCGCAUGUCCGAUCACAAUGGCCAACAUCCGUCGCUCUGGACCUUGUGGUUGGCACAUUCUUGCUUACCACUCCACUGGUGACCCGACGACGACGAUGAUGAU